AGAAGCUGGCCUGACAGGGUAGCGGUUCUGCCAUUAUUGUCCCUCCAACUCUUUCCUAUCCCGAGAGAGUGCCCUUCUUUUCGAGUUGAGAUCCCGAUUUAGGUUUAAGCUGCCUUGAAGGAGAAUUAAAAAUUGUGGCUCCAAAAUAAGACAGAAGAAAGAAAACAGCAGUCAGAAAACUCCCAGAAAGGGGUAGCAGGUUGUUUGACACACACGGGCACCCAAGAUUAUGAAUGGUGAAGACAAUGAAGAGUGGGACAUCCAUCAGAGAGUAACAACCCCUUACAAGGUGACCACUGUGACCUCAUGACGCUUCUGUGAAAGCCAGAUUCAGCUAGGAUGUUACACCACCACUGCCGGAGGAACCCUGAGCUACAGGAAGAGUUGCAGAUCCAGGCUGCUGUCGCUGCUGGCGAUGUUCACACCGUGCGCAAGAUGCUGGAGCAAGGGUAUUCUCCAAACGGUCGAGAUGCCAACGGCUGGACCUUGCUUCACUUCUCUGCAGCAAGAGGGAAGGAGAGAUGUGUCCGUGUUUUUCUUGAACAUGGAGCUGAUCCCACAGUUAAGGACUUAAUUGGAGGCUUCACUGCUCUGCAUUAUGCAGCCAUGCACGGGCGAGCGAGGAUUGCACGCUUGAUGCUGGAGUCGGAGUACAGAAGUGACAUUAUUAAUGCCAAAAGCAACGACGGUUGGACUCCCCUGCACGUAGCAGCCCACUACGGCAGGGACUCGUUUGUCAGGCUCCUGUUGGAGUUCAAGGCCGAGGUUGAUCCGCUCAGUGAUAAAGGUACUACCCCGCUUCAGCUGGCCAUUAUCCGGGAGAGGUCAAGCUGCGUGAAAAUCCUGCUGGACCACAACGCCAACAUCGACAUUCAGAAUGGGUUCCUGUUACGAUACGCUGUGAUCAAAAGCAAUCACUCCUACUGCAGAAUGUUCCUCCAGAGAGGGGCCGACACAAACUUGGGGCGCCUGGAAGAUGGACAGACGCCCUUACACUUGUCUGCUCUCAGAGAUGAUGUGCUUUGUGCACAGAUGUUGUAUAAUUACGGAGCGGACACUAACACAAGGAACUAUGAAGGACAGACCCCACUGGCUGUUUCAAUAAGUAUUUCUGGAAGUAGCCGACCCUGUCUGGAUUUCUUACAAGAAGUGACAAGACAGCCCAGAAACUUGCAAGAUCUAUGCCGAAUUAAAAUCCGUCAGUGUAUAGGCCUUCAAAAUCUAAAACUACUUGAUGAACUACCCAUUGCCAAGGUCAUGAAAGACUACUUAAAACACAAAUUUGAUGAUAUCUGAUAUCCAUGAAGAGAAGAACUCUGAGCAAGAUUAGUUCUAUUCCAGAUACUGAAGAGGCUUGUUGCCUUGCACAAAGUAUAUCCUAUGCAAAUUCUGAUUUUUCUGUGAAGUCAGAAGGCAGGUAUACACUUCCUUGGGUUUUUUAUACCACAUGCUAGAAGGUCUUAAUUUUUGGUUUCUUGGUCCAAGUUUACAAGGUCCAAGCUUUCUAUACGAAGCUCCGUUUUACAAAUUGCUGUUGGGUUUUUGUCUGUUUGUUUUCACAUGAAGUGCGCGGAUUUGCAGCGGAGAUGGGAGGCAGCCCCGAAGGGAAGUGGCUGUUGCAAUUGGCACACUGAGCAACUACUCAAGAAAACAGAGUUGGGAAAUCAAGGCACCACUCCUGCAAAAGGAUCCUGAUAGCAAGACCUCCAGACUCCUGUUGUCUGUUGGGAUUCUUGUCUCUGCCAAGGUCUGUGUUUUUGCAGGAUGCAGGGAAGAGCUGCCAAACAUCUUCUGUGGUGCUGUAAUAAUAGUAUUUUGAAAUUAAAGAGAGAAUGCAGUUACCCCAUUCAAUUUGAGGGUCUAUACAUUGGCUUUUUUAUAUGAUUAUUUUCUUAAUUACUGUAGUUGGGAUGCCCAUCAAAUUCAGGCUCUCUUUCCUGACAUUCCCUGUGAAGUGGGUGGCUGUUUGUAAGUCUAUUUUUAGCAAUGACAGUACACUACGGAGAGGCACAGCCUCUGUAUUUUUUACAUUUAACUUAAGAGUAAACAAAUUUAGGGGUUGGGUUUUGUUUUGUUUGUUUUGUUGGGGUGUUGUUUUUGUUGUG